CCGUGAAGUUCCCCCUCUUCUCACCCUCGCGCCGUGACGGCGAUGUUUUGGUGAAAAAAAAUACGGCGUCGAAAAGGGACGUAAACACGUUUAAAACAUGACAUUUCGAGCGAGUGGGACUUAAAGCGGCGUGGCUGGAGAGCGGGGGUUCGUCUUCGGCGAAGGUUUCGGCCUCUCUUCACGUAUUCCUCCGCAUGUCCGCUUUCUUCGUAGAUGGUCUCCGGCGAGCGUUGUCUGGCGGCGGACGACGAGUUCUCGACGAGUAACAUGAAGGAGAUGAUUGGCGGUUGCUGCGUGUGCUCAGACGAGCGCGGCUGGGCCGAAAACCCGCUGGUGUACUGUGACGGACACGGCUGCAACGUCGCCGUGCAUCAAGCCUGCUAUGGCAUUGUGCAGGUGCCCACUGGUCCUUGGUUCUGCAGAAAGUGUGAAUCUCAGGAGAGAGCAGCCCGCGUGAGAUGUGAGCUCUGUCCCCACAAAGAUGGAGCCCUCAAGAGGACAGACAACGGAGGCUGGGCCCAUGUGGUUUGUGCCCUUUACAUACCUGAGGUGGAGUUUGCUAACGUCUCAACCAUGGAGCCAAUCGUCCUCCAGUCUGUGCCGCAUGAACGCUAUAACAAGACAUGCUAUAUCUGUGAGGACCAGGGGAGAGAGAGCAAAGCAGCCACUGGAGCCUGUAUGACCUGCAACAAGCACGGCUGCAGACAGGCGUUUCACGUCACAUGUGCCCAGUUUGCAGGGUUGUUAUGUGAAGAACAAGGAUCAGAUGCAGACAAUGUCAAAUAUUGUGGAUAUUGCAAAUACCAUCACAGCAAAUUGCGAAGGAGCAGGGGCCGUGGUAGUAGGUCUCAAAGCUUAAGUGACUCUUCCUCUCAGUGUUUGGAUAGACCCCCAGACAAGGACAAGAAGAAACACAAGGAGCGAGACAGGCACAAACCCAAACACAAAAAGAGCUCUAUGGACAUGUCUCCCUCCCUCGUUCUUCCAAACAUCAUGGUCCCAGACAAGACCUACAACAGUGGUAACUCAGGGGGAGGCGUCGCCGCUCUGCCGCCGUCCUCACAGAAGCGACUGGAGGACAGCGCGGCCCGUUUCACCAACGCCAACUUUCAGGAAGUUUCGUCGUCUCACUCGGGCGGCGCCUCCAAGGACGCCCUGGCGGUGGAGGCGGGGAAGGCGGCGUCCGAGGCGAAGAACAAGAAGAACAGCGGCGGGGGCCACGUGGUUGGACAGAGGGGCGGCCGAAAGUCUCUCACCUCCUCAGGGAAACCCCUCCCCUCUGCUGUGGUCACCAUGGCAACCUCCUCUACAUCUGUCUCUGCUUCCACCGGGCCUUUCCAUCAAGGCCUCUUGUUGACCAGUGCCAGCAAGACUCCCUCUGCUCCAUCCUCCUCAGACUUUUUAAGUUUCUCAGACUCAUCGUUGCGUCCCGGGGGUGGAACUACCUUCUCCUCCCCGCCGUCUUUCAGCAGCUGCCUGGUGAAGCCGAGCUCUGAGGGCGGAGCUUCAGAGGGGACCACCACCCUCUUUGGUUCUCUUAUGUCGGCUACGACAGCGUCGGCAGUGGGUGGAAAGCUGUAUGAGAAUUCCCACAGUCACACGGCGACUGAGACGACCGGCUACAAGCGGCCUCAGCCCUCCAGCGCCGGCCUGGGGAUCGGCGCGGCGGCGGCAGGGGCGGAAGACGGUGUGAAGAAGAAAAAGAAGGGCAACUGGCGCAACAGAUUCGGACCCUGCUUCACCACAGACGUGAAACCGCCCGAGCCAUCUGCGUCGCUGACCCUCCCCACCGCCUCCACAGCCAACACUGCCUCUUCCUCCUCCGCCGCCGCCGCCGCCGCCGCCUCGUCCGCCGCCUCCCCUUCCUCGUCUUCCUCCGCCGCUCUCUCGGGCCGGCCGGGCCUGGUCUCCAGCAGUGGAUUAGGAGCCGUGGUGGGAGGGGGAGGAGAGCGGGGGCUGGGGGUCAUGGGUGUCGGCGGCGGUAUCCAGAAGUCGCCGUCACUCCUCAGGAAUGGAAGCCUGCAAAGCAGCAGCAGCUCGACAACCGGCGGGUCAGGUGUUUUCUCGGUCGCCGACGGGACCUUGGGUGCGGGGUCCGUCAUGGGCGGAGCCUCCUCCGAGUUGUCACAGCAACAGCAGCCCGCGCCUUCUCUGGCCCCGCCCUCUCCGUUCACCGCCACGGCGCCGCUGAACAGCACGGCCUCCAUGCACGUGAGCGGUCUCCCAGGGUCCGUCUUCAACAUGGCCCCCCCACACAUGUUUGGCAACAGGCUCAACCCCAACUCCACCAUGGCGGCGCUCAUCGCUCAGUCCGAGGCCUCGUCAGCAGAUCAGGAGGUGGGAGACGGCGGCAGUGGCGGCGGCGGCGGCGGCGUUAGCGUUGGAGCUCAGGGCUUCUCCAUAAGAGCUUCUCCCAAGACCACCCCGCGCUCUCCCAUUGGCGGCCUGCAGAUCCGCUAUGACUCCUCGGGGUCGUUGCCGGGGCCGGGGCUUGGGUUGCUAGGGGCAGGGGGAGGAGGCGGCGGGGAGACGAUGCUUCCGGUGGCCACCAGCAUCGAGCAGCUCCUGGAGAGGCAGUGGAACGAAGGGCAGAGCUUCCUGCUGCAGCAGGGAGCUCAGGGAGACGUUGUGGGGAUCCUGAAGUCUCUCCACCAGCUGCAGGAGGAGAACAGGAGGCUGGAGGAGCAGAUCAAAACUCUGACCAUGAAGAAGGAGAGGCUGCAGCUCCUCAGCGCUCAACUCUCAGUGCCUUUCACCCCGUCCACGGCCUCCUCUGAUGUGAAGGGAGCUCAGCUCGGAGCCGCGGACUCGUCUCUCCCUGCCGCCGCUCAGGACAACACGUCAUGCGGCGGGCACAGCAGCAGCGGCUCCACCUCCUCCCUCUCCACGCCUCCCUCCGUCUCCCAGAGCCCGCCUCAGCCGCAGCUCAAUGGGGUCGCCGCCGCCACCGCCGCCGUCGGGGCGACCCCGGCCGCGCUGGGGAGCGUGGCGGGGCUGAUGGGCGCUCUGGGCGCGGGGAACGCUCUGGGCAUGGGGGGCAUCGUCGGGGCGCUGAACGGCGUGAUCCAGACACCGGCCGGCACCGCCAGCCCUCACACACACACUACAGGAGCGGCGACGCUGCCCGUCAAUAACAGCUCAACUACUAGUAAGAACAGCGCUGCGCGGCUCGGCCUGCUGUCGGAGCAGCAGAGAUUCCUGCUGCAGCAGCAUCAGCUCCAGCAGCUGCUGUCCUCUCAGCCCUCAGCGGAGCAGCAGCAGGUGUUACUUUACCAACUGAUGCAGCAGCAGCAGGACCUCCAGCAGCUGCAGUCCCAGAUCCCCUCCAUCCCGCUCUCCUCCGCUCAGCUGCCCAUCAACAACCUGCUGCCCGGCGCCCAGAGCCAGGGCCAAGGCGCCAUCGCCGCCAACCCCUUCCUGGCGCUGCAGCACGCACACGCCGCCGACACACACGGCCCGGGGGCGCAGAAGCCUCGGCUCGCCGAGAAAGCCGUGGGCGUCGCGGGUCAGGAGAAGACAUGACGGCUUCUGCUUCCUUUGUUUUUUGAUAGGGUUGCUUGUUUUUUUUGUUUUGUUUUUUUUUUCCCUCUCUCUCUCUAUUAUAAAAUAAAUAUGCAGAGUUUUUGGGAUCAGCCUGUUGGUCAGCUUUGUAGUUUAGCGAUGAGAACGCUGGCAGGAGAGAAUCUCUUCCUCCUGGUACUUUUUACAUGGAUGCAAACAUUUUUCUUCUUCUUUUUUUAAUCUUUUGCAGUCGCCGACUCACUGUAGUUGACUUCAUCUGUUUUCAAGUUAACAUUUCCAGGUUUUGCAACAUUUUUGUUUAAAUUUGUACUAUUUAUUUCAAUCAUUUUGUUUUUAGUUGUAGUGCUGCUUCAUUUUAUUUAACACGACUGUUAGUAACUGGGUGAUAUUAGCAUCAACAUGUCGCUCCAGACGACUCUCUUCUCCUAAACCAGUAAAUUUGACGAACAGGUCAGCUUUUCCCAGAAACUUCUUCUUUGAUUUCUCUUGAGUGUUUUUCCUGGAUCUCUCUCACGGUCGUCCUCGUUUCCGUCACGGUCUGGUCUCUGCCGUUUCACUCUCUCAGGGGCCUCACGCAGAGCUACAAACACACAAAGAACAGCAGCAAUACGGACGUUUCUAUGAGGAAAAUGACAAUUCCUUCGACGGGGCUGAACAGUAGCAGAUGUGUGUUGGACAUCUGUCUCGCAGCAGUCCCAGAGGGGGAUGUCCAGGCUGCUGCCUCUCUCCCCGCGUCUCUCUCACUCUGUCUGUGUCGAUCCUUUAAAAUGUCAGUGAGCCAAGCCUCGUACGGUCACCACGGAAGCCUUGCUUUUUGACUGUCUCGUCUCUGGGCCAGAUAACAGGGGGCUCACUCAGGCCAGUGAAAUGCUGAAGCAAAAACAAAAAAAAAAAAAAAAAAACCCCAGCAAGUCGAAUGUUCAGACGCGUUAGUCCACA